CUGCCGAGCCCGACUCUCAAGCCGCCAUGGCUGGUUCGCCUGCGCAACGCGACGAAGCUGUUGACCCAGAUGACUCUGGCCGAAGCCCGCCAAGGACAGCCUUCCAGCUCCCGACCCGCCAUUUGGACGUCGACGGUGACUUUUACGCGACGCCUACAGCCGUCGCCUCCGCUGCCGAGCUCCGACUACCCGACGCCAUCUUGCCCAAGUACGCCGACUUCGUCUACCAAGUGAUGCUUCGCGCGGUCAAGCUCCGCGCUCAUUUGCACUGGCUCGACAGGGCCGACCAAGCGUGCCUCUUUUGCCCCGAGCACGAGACGUACCGCCACUGUCUCGUAGACUGCGACUUCAUCAAGGACGUGUGGAGCACCCUCCACGCGGUCACGGCCCCCUUGGGUGUAGUCUUGCCGACAACACUCUCGGGCUACCUCUACUCGACGCCGAAGACGGCCUCCAACAUGCACCGAGCCGCUUUCCACUACCUUUGGCCAGUGCUCCGCGCCUGCGUCUGGUUCAACGUCUGGCGCGUCCGAAACGAUCGCGUCUUUCACACCGACUUCCCACUGCAAAGUCCAUGGACGAUUGCCGUCAAAGCGGCGCGUGUCGCUCAAAUGCACUUGCACCACAGCCUCGUUCAAAUCCCGGGUAGAUGGCUCUCCGUCGCCUUCUCCGGCUCCUCGCUCAACACGAUUCCGCGCCAGCACCUUGUCCCGCGGAUCGCGCUCCUGCCUCCGCCGGCCUAGAUCAAGAUCAACACCAGCGCCUACACAACGAAGAAAGUCCGACAAUUUUAUUUAGCGUAGAUUUACGUAUCUAUUUUAAUAGAAGACCCACUUCAACAACAA